AUGUACAACCUCAUUGAUCAAGCAGAGUGGAGGAUCCAUGAUCAUUAUGUGGCUGAGCUCCUUUCAAGACUCAAAGAUGCAGUGUAUGAUGCAGAAGACAUUCUAGAUGAGUUCAGAUGCUACGAGACAAAGCUUUCAGUAGAGGGCAAUGCAAUCUCAGUGGAACCAGUCAUUGACUUCUUUCACAGUGUUACUCAAGGCAGCUUCAAUAAGGUGACUGAUAUCCAGAAGAGGCUCAAUCAUCUUUCUGGACAGCUCGAGAAAAUGGGCUUACUUCAAGCAGUUCCAUGGUUUGACAAAUCACUUAGGCCUGAGACCACCUCUUUCCCCACUGAGGCAAAGAUUUUUGGCCGUGAUGAGGAAAAGGAUAAGCUAAUCAGGUUGCUUGGUGUACCAACAAAUAAUACCGCGGGUCCUUCUGGACACAAGAGAAAAAGAAGUGGAGUUUGUUCAUCAGCAAGCAACCAAAUUUGUGCUACCAUUGAUACUAAUGAAGCAACAGUAACGAGUGUUCUAGUUUUGCCAAUUGUUGGAAUUGGGGGUGUUGGAAAAAACACCUUGGCUCAAGAUAUUUGCAACCAUUCAAAAGUGAAACGGCACUUUCACCUAAUAAUUUGGAUUUGUGUGUCAGAUGAUUUUGAUGCCAAGAGAUUAACUAAAGAAGCCAUAGAACAAUCUUCUGGGGAAGUGCCAAAAAAUAAUAAUCUGAAUUUUCUUCAGGGUGCUCUUGUAAAUAGCCUGAACACUAGAAGAUUCCUAAUUGUCCUUGAUGACAUGUGGGAUGAAAAUGAGAUGGAUUGGAAGCGCUUCUGCGCACCUUUUAGAAAUGUACUUAAGCGAAGCAUGAUGCUUGUCACCACUAGGUCUCCGAAGGUUGCUGAUAUAGUGCGUACAAUGGAUCCCUUUCCUUUAGAGGGUUUGAAUGAAGAUGUCUUUUGGGAAUUCUUUAAACUCUGUGUGUUUGGAUCUGAUACCUCCAACAAUUAUCUUGAGUUGGAACCGAUUGGUGAAAAAAUACUCCCAAAGUUGAAAGGAUCUCCUUUGGCUGCAAAAACCCUUGGACGGCUGUUAGGGAUGAGCCUUGACCUAGCACAUUGGGAUAGGAUUCUCAAGAGUCAGCUAGGUGCUUCUCGUUUUGUGCUGUGUACCCAAAAUAUUACAAUUUCAGAAAGAAAGAAAGAUUUAGCUGAAAUUUGGGUGGCAGAAGGCUUAGUAGAACAUCAAUACACUGGUGAUCAGUACUUUGAAGAACUUGCACAUCUGUCAUUUUUUCAGAAAUAUCCACGAUCCCACGAGAAAUAUGUAAUCCAUGAUUUGAUGCAUAACAUGGCACAACUGGUUUCAAAGGACGAGUGUUUCAUAGUAAAAGACACUAAGGAUCUUACGAAGAUCCCUCAGAAUGUCCGCCAUCUGUUGGUGCUCAAGGGCGGAGAUGUUCAGUGUUCUGACUUAUUGAAGCAUGACAUGGCACAGCAUAGAAAGCUGCGCACCCUACUUUGGGGCCUGUCUUUGAAGAGUAAAACUGGUAAUACUGUGAUGGAGAAAUGGUGUACUGAACUUUUGUGCAUGCGUGUUAUGGUCUGUUCCUCUAUCUCUAAGUGGGGGUUGCCAGAUAGUAUUAGCAAUAUGAAGCACCUUCAGUACCUUAAAAUCCUGGACUCUUGCCUUUGCAAGAAACUUCCUGCAUCAUUCUGUCGCCUGUACAAUAUGCAGAAGUUUUAUGCUGAGAAAUGGGAGAUUGAUGACAUUCCUAGCAGCAUUGGUAUCCUGAUCAAUCUGCAGAAAUCUGAAUUAGUGAAAUGUCAUUUUGAUCGUAUACAUUCAUUUGGUAUUCUUAAAGGUGCAACUGACGAAGGACAGAGAGGGCAAUUCAAGAUCAAAAACUAUAAUGGUGAAUCUCUUCCAAGCAGGUUUCAUCCACAAAACUCACAGCAAAUUCACAGUUAUGACAGAACUAAUAGCACUUUGUUGUCCCUGACUGCUGUAGAAAUUACAGAUUGCAGAAACUUAUCAAACCUCGAACGAUUUCUACAUCCAGCUUAUGUGCCUAAUAUCAAGAAAAUAAAAAAUUUCCAAUUGCAGCAGCUUAGAAUCGGUACCAACUGA